GUAACAAAAUACCGAUACACUAUUUUAACACGCUCAUUGGACCUUUUUACAAUGCAUGUUAAAUAGGAGUUAAUUUUGAUACGGUAGUACAUUUGUUCACGGAUACGAUACGUACAGCGAGAGAGAGAACUUAUAUAACAAUGGCGACAGAAGCAGCACUUCAUUAUACAGCAGCAGAGUUUGUUCCGAUCAAAAUUGAGGGACUGAAGGAGGGAGACACAAAGUACUGGUGUAGGUGUGGUCUUAGUAAGACACAACCUUGGUGUGACGGCUCUCACAAAGGUACAGGGAUAGCUCCAAUGCCGUGGAAAGUAGAGAAGACACAAGAAGCCUACUACCUUUGCGCUUGUAAGCAGACAAAAAACGCUCCUUUCUGUGACGGUAGCCAUGUGAAGGCCAAGGAGGAGAUCGGUGAGCGAGCCGUGAAGUGCAAGAAUAAGUAUAAUCAUAAGGACUGUAAAAUGUGCACUGGUUGUGGUUGGAAUCCAAAAUUGCAGUUUUAAAUAAAAACAAGGGAGUAUUUAUUGGUGAAGAAUUGUAAUAUAAUAUGUACGAAAUCUAUCUUACACCACCAAAACGCGAUGAUUUAAUAUUUGUUUCAAUACCGUCAGUAGUUAUCUUUCACUAAAAUGUAUCCAUGUGUAUCUGCUUUACUAGUAUUUAUGUUACCAACUAUGAUUAGUGGAAUUGUCAAGACUGGAAAGUAUGAGAAAUCACAUUUCGAUAUGUGUUUCGUAUAAUAUACAGUAAUAAAAUGUAUUUUUCCUGGGUUAUAUUUUUACAUUUUGGUGUUAUAUUUAAAUUUUGUGUUUUGAUCAGUGGUUUUGAAUAUAAUCUAGAACCGAAUACUCCAGCAAAACAAAAACAAACAACAAAAAAAGAAACAAACAAAAAACAAAGAAAAACAAGACAAAAAGCCUUUCAGCAGAAAUACGAAAUACUUUAAACAUAACCAUACUUUCCUUCUAUUUUACUUCACAUAAGCACAAAGAGCGUAAAAGUGAGCUACUGAUAUCACCCAUUGUCCGUCCAUCCGUCCGUCAUCCAGCCGUUCGUCCGUCAAUAUGUCUCAAGCAAUGUUUACAGACUGUACUGCCACAAUGUAUCGGUCAAGUUAGAUUAUGGUCUCUAGUUAUGCUAGAGUAAUGGCCCUUGGAUUACACAAAAAGAAAUUACAUUUUUUAUUCAGUUCAGAAAAUAUCACUUGGCAAAUAUAUAUAUUAUAUAUAUAUUGGACAAAUUUGAUAGUUAGCGGCGAAGUCUAAUCGUAAUUUCACCCUGGACGAAACUCCUUGAGGGCUCACACAAAGAGAAUACGCAUCUGCCACCAGCCAAGGUCAUAUUUCAAAAAUGGGUCAGUCAGAUUAUCUGCAUUGAUAUCAUUUAAAUAAGCAGAAUCAACACCAUAAGCCUAGCUUAAUCUUUCAACUACAGUCACAUAUUAUAUGUCUCAUCAAAAACUCAAACGGAUGUUAAUUUGGGUCAUGUGGAUUCAAAAACUGGGUCACUGGGUCAAACAUGUUUACACUGUUAUGGGUGUGUUUCUCAGGUGAGCGACCUAGGGUCAUCUUAGCCCUCUUGUUUAUGAUUUUUCCGCACUGGUACCGACGCAGAUUUGUGGAAUUUUCAAAUUUACGAGCUUUAAUCUAGGUCUUGUGGGUCAAAAACUAGGUCCCCAGGCCAAAUCGAAGAAAAAUCUUGUUUACACACCAAAUGCCACAUUUUUGCUCCAAUCUUCAUGAAACGUGGUCAGAAUAUUUAUCUCAUCAAAACCUCGGACGGAUUUGAAUUUGGGUCAUGUGGAUUCAAAAACCCGGUCACUAGGUCAAACAUGUUUACACUGUUAUGGUGUGUUUCUCAGGUGAGCGGCCUAGGGUCAUCUUAGCCCUCUUGUCUAUGAUUUUUUCCGCAUUGGUAUCCACGCAGAUUUGUUGAAUUUUCAAAUUUACUGUCCCUUGCCCUCAUUUUCGUAAUAUUAUCAUUAGAAAUUGAUGUCUGAUAAAUUAAUAGUUAUUUUGUGAUGCUAUGACUUGUAAAUUGUUUUACAUGCUAUGUAUCAAUCAAAACUAAUAAAAAUGUAUAGAUUCCGA